GUUUCCGGAAGCCGGCAGCCGCCCCAGCCUUCAGACCGGUGGUUGCAACGCACUCUCUUGCGGUUCCCGGUGUUUGGGCCCGAGUGGUAACAGCGCGGGGAGAAAUGGCCCUGCUGUGCUACAACCGGGGCUGCGCCCAGCGCUUCGAUCCCGAGACCAACUCCGACGAUGCUUGCACAUACCACCCAGGUGUUCCAGUUUUUCAUGAUGCAUUAAAGGGUUGGUCUUGCUGUAAGAGGAGAACAACUGAUUUUUCUGAUUUUUUAAGCAUUGUAGGCUGUACAAAAGGUAGACAUAAUAGUGAAAAGCCACCUGAGCCAGUCAAACCUGAAGUCAAGACUACUGAGAAGAAAGAACUAUCUGAAUUGAAACCCAAAUUUCAGGAGCACAUCAUUCAAGCCCCUAAACCAAUAGAAGCAAUAAAGAGGCCAAGUCCCGAUGAGCCAAUGACAAACUUGGAAUUAAAAGUAUCUGCCUCCCUAAAACAAGCACUUGAUAAACUUAAACUGUCAUCGGGUAAUGAAGAAAAUAAGAAAGAAGAAGACAGUGAUGAAGUUAAGAUUGGGACCGCAUGUAAAAAUGGAGGGUGUUCAAAGACAUAUCAGGGUCUACAGAGUCUAGAAGAAGUCUGUGUAUAUCAUUCUGGAGUACCUAUUUUCCAUGAAGGGAUGAAGUACUGGAGCUGUUGUAGAAGAAAAACUUCUGAUUUUAAUACAUUCUUAGCCCAAGAGGGCUGUACAACAGGCAAACAUAUGUGGACUGCAAAGGAUGCUGGGAAAAAAGUUGUUCCAUGUAGACAUGACUGGCAUCAGACUGGGGGUGAAGUCACCAUUUCAGUAUAUGCUAAGAAUUCACUUCCAGAACUUAGUCAAGUAGUAGCAAAUAGUACACUGAUUGAUGUAAAGCGAAGUUAUGUAACUAUGACUGCAACAAAGAUUGAGAUCAUCAUGAGAAAAGCUGAACCUAUGCAAUGGGCAAGCCUUGAAUUACCUAUAACCAAAAACCAGGAAAAACAAAAAGAAGAUAAAACAGAAUAAGCUGAGAAGAAAAAGAAGUCAUUUCAGAAUUAUUAAUAUGUGGUGUGUGGUGGGUUGCUGCUGUAAUCUUUUGGUUUUUUUUGAUGUUGUUAUUGUUGAAUCUGGCAUUUCAGGGUCAACAGUAGGUUUUUAAAAGCCAAAGUCAGUUUAUCUUUUUGUGCCGCCCAUUUUCCUUUUGAGUUACCUAAGUUUGAUUAUUCAUUUCUCCUCACUUAGAUGUAUUCUAUACUUGAAGAAGCUAGAAAAUAGCUCAUAAACAGUUAACAAUAUUUCUUAGUGUAAUAUUAUGUUAAGCCACAAAAUACAAACAUUUGUUCAGAUCUUCCUAUUCCGUAAUUAGUAAAACAAGAUGGAAUGUCAAAAUUUUAAUUCUUUUUUUCAUGAGUUUCUGUUCCUAUGAUACUUGAAAAUCUUUAAAAAAGAGAGAAAGCUCUGCAAUAUUUUUUCCACUUGGGAUGGUUACUUUCUGUAGGAAGUUUAAUUCUGAGGCAGCGUAGUAAGUAGUUAAAGAGGAAUAUGUACAUUGAUUAAAAAAUUAGAAUUCGUUUACAAACCUAAUUGAAAUAAACUAUAUCAGUACCUGUAUUGUCAAGCAGUAUGAUUUAAGAGUAUAAGAAACAAAAGUAUAGAGGUAUGAAUUUGAUUAAAAUUUACCAUUUUAUAAGACUUAAGCAAUAUUGUUAAAUAUCUCUUUCCUGAUUAAUAAGGUCUUGGUAUGAUGUUACGACUAAAUUGUGUCUGAAUUAUAGCCUACAUUCUCUUAACCAUGUUUAAUUACAUGUAAAGAGAAAUACAUAUCUGGCCUCCCUGAUGGAAAACUAUAAAAUUAUAGAUUAAAAGGCUUAUGGAAAUACAUUAGAGUAUCAGAAAAUGAUUUAAGCUUUGCUUUAUGACAACUAUCUAUUACAUGUUAAAUAAAAUCGCUUAAUUGUUUUGGAGGUUUUUUUAGGUUUUCAUGAACAGUUUGACAAUUCUAGGUGAUACAAUGUUGAUUAUGUAUUGUACUUUAUUACAUAGAUGUAGAAUUAGAUUAUUUAUGAUAAUUGAACCCCUUAAAGGAUAAGUUAACUUUCUGAGAUAGAGCAGAGCUCACAAAGAAAAUGAAAAAUAAGAAAUAUUAUGAAGUCCAAAACUCUCAUAGAACUUAAUAAGUUUGGGCAUGAAUUAUGCUUAUGUAGAUUAAAAUGAUUAUUUCCUAAGCCUCUUCAGUGUUUUGCUUUUCUUGGUAUUAAUAGAAUUCAUAUAAAGGAAAAUUUUGCGGGCUAAAAUUUUAAAGUGUUAGUAUAUCUCAUUCUACAACCCUUAGCUGAUAACUGUUAUAGUUAUGUAAUUAUUAAAUGGUUUGCUUUGUUACAAGAUAUAAAAACUCUUCCAGCCAGGCUUCCACGACACUAAAAUAUCAUUGCAAGAAACUUUUGGCAGUAAAAAUUAGACCCAAAUAGAGUAGGUCUAUAAAUCCUUGGGUUGUAUUUAAAUUUUUAAAAGUUAAUCUUUCAUAAUUGAGUGGCCUGAGCUCAUUUGGAGACAUGAAAUCUUUUUUAUUGUUUAGGGAAAAUGUUGAUACUUGGUUUGAGGUCAUGGUUAAUGUACCCUUUUUUAAUGCUUCCUUCUUGCAGCUCGUUUCCCCUAAACGGUUUCUUCAUAUCUUAUGUGCUAUUGGAUUAUUAUUUAACGUAAAUGGACUAUAUGCCUAAGAGUUAGUUACAAAGGACAGUCUGGUUUUUUUUAGAUACAGCUUACAUAUUUAGUCUAGUUGCAUUAGUGACCCUUCUAUUUACUUUCUUAUUUCUGUGUACCUCUGAAUUUGUUGCCCAGAUAAUUUAAAGAUAUUUAUCUUUGACUCAUACAUGAAGAGACACAGUUAUAAUUAGGUAGAAUAUGUUUUGCUUUUUACAAUCUGUCAUAAAAAUAAAAAGUGAUUUACUUUAUUAAGUUGUUUCUCUAAAAAAUAUGCUUUGUCUUUCUCAGCAUUCGGAGUAAUUACUAUAGCAAAGCAGUCAAAGCUGUUUGUUAUGCACUUGGUAAACUAACGACAGCUGAACUAACCAUGGGAAAGAAAAUACUAUUUUUCUUGCCUAGUACGUUUGCUAGUACACAGUAAGGUCCUAAGAAGUUGAGCUUUUAUUUUUUUAAUCUCUUUUUAGAUAAUUUUAGAUUUACAGAAGAGUUGCAAAAAAACAAAUACUGAGUUCUUUAUAUCCUAUGUUAAUAUUCCCCUUUUGUUUAAAUCUUAUAUAACCAUAGAUCAUUUACAGAACUAAAUUGUCUUGGUAAAAUACUAUUAACUAAAGUAGAACAUUAAUUUUGACCAUCUGUUUUUAGUGAAACACAAUUUAUUACAAGGUAGCUCUUGAGACCUAUGCCAAUUUUUUUGUGUGUGAUAAUUUAAGCCAGGAAUUUAAAAACGAUUAAAAAUACAAAUUGAAAUCAGUUUACCAUUGUCAAGUGUUUAUAGGUCCAUGAUGUAAUUCCUUGUAACCAUUAACUGGCAAAGAACAGUAAUGAUCUAUUUAAUUAGAAUUUAUAUUUUAUGCCAUAGAUUUUAAUUCUUAUUAAGUAUAACUUGUUUGGUUUUCUUUAGACAGUUAUUCAGCCAUAGAAGGGUAGAGAACCUUAAAAAGUUCUUCCAAAUAUUUUAAGGUGACUGAAUUACUGCUCUGCCACCCCUUGCUUAAAAAAAAAAAAAAAAUUGGUCAUUCCCCAGCCUGAAAAUGCUUGUCAUGCAUACACCCACAAUAAAAAUUGUAAAGCUCA